CACUACCGGAAUGAAAUCCGUCCUCCAGUGCUGCUUCCCGCCACUGCUCCCCCCUUUCAACUUCAAAUUGGGGGUUCAAGCGUCCUCCGGUUAACGAUUCUCGAUUGUAAACACGCGUGUUCCUGCAUUGAGCUGCGGUAAUUAGUCGUAUCUUCAGAACUUAUCAAUAUAAAUUAAAUGGCGAAAAGUUUAAGAAGCAAAUGGCGCAGAAAAAUGCGUGCAAUCAAACGGGAAAGAUAUGCUGUAAAAGAAUUAAAGCAACUUAAAAACAUUUUGGAAAAUUCUGGAAAUAAAGAUGCAGAUAUGUCUGAAAUCUGUACAGUUUUAGAUAAAAAGGAUAUACAGAACUUAGGAAAAAAGGACCCAAGUGAAAAUAAUGAAGAGAAUGUGGAAGCAACUGUUGAAUCUAGUUCAAUGGAUGUUGAUCAACAAUCUUCUAAAUAUCAUCCAAAACGUUUAACAGAUGAGCAUGGAACUUAUCCUGUUUGGAUGAAUCAAAGACAAAUAAGGAAACACAAAGCUAAACUUAAUCGUGUGCAUAAAAAGGCAAAGAAAAAUAAAAAACGAAAUUGAAUUAAAAUUCCAUACUUUUCUGUCUA